AUGGAGCAAAUGUACCUGAUCGAGAUAUUCAUAGACAAAGUGACAGUAUACGUAAAAGAAAACGACGAAGCCACCACUAAUAAGAAUCUUAUUAUCAGAGUAAAAUUUGGACCUAAGGUGCAGUUCAUUAUUAAAGAAGGUCAACUAGCUGUGAACGAGAAGAAAGACGACAUUAUAGAGACUGACGAAAAGACUGGCCGCAGACAAUGGUCAAGAACAGUAAGAGUUGGAAAAUCAUACCUGUUCCCUUCGUACCCAGAUACAAUAUUACAAAUAUUGAGCAAGUUUCCACUAGAAAUAGAAGUAUGGAAUGACGAUGACACUGAACAGGACAACAUAUUUGUUGGUAUUGGCAGUAUGCACUGGGAUUCACACUUUUUCCAAAUGUUGAAAGACUCCGCAAAUGCAUGCAAGAUUCAUGAACCGUUAUCGAUUAAAAGCAAGACUACCAUUUGGGCUGAAUGUUGUUGUUCCGAAGCUGGUAAUAUCGAAUUUAUUCUUAGAUUGACUGCUUUGGGGGAAAGCAUUAUUACAGAAUUCCAACAGUUGAUGAAAGAUCCAGAGGCAUUUGUAUUUAGAACUAAUAAAGCACCGAGUAUGUUUCAAUGCAAGAGAGUUGAAGGCGACGAUCCCAACUUUACAAUGGUUGGUUCAAUUUAUGAGACUACCACGUUAGAAGAUCCAGAUAUAGUAGAUCCUGCACAUAAUAAGAUAGAGGUAUGCACAGAACUGCAGAGCUGUGGAAUGACCGUUAGACAAGGGCAGUUUGUGUGUGAUCACAACGAUCAAGAUGGUGCCCCAAAGAAGAAAUAUAAAAUUGAUAAAAUUAGAAUGGGUGACAUUGUGGGUCCUUGUGGUAAUAAAAACUGUGCACUAGCGCACAAGGUGAAAAAGUAUAUUAGAAACCUGGAAACCUAUAAAGCGAAAGCUGCUAACAUCACAGAAACGAAGACUGCCGGUAGUCAAAGGAUAUGCGGGAAGUGCAUCUGUAAGGACGACCGCUGGCACAGAGAAGACUGUCCUGAGUCCUCCCAGGCUCCUCCGAUAGUUAAGUGUGAAGGCUGUGAAGGUAUGGCAUUGGCUGGUGAGACUUGUCAUGACAAAAAAGAAAAACACUUUGGUACAGGGGCCACACCUAAAUCAAGUGAUACGCAUGUCGGUUAUGUUUAUAGCCUCACCAGGUUUCCACGUAGUAAGCAGGGUAUGUAUGGGCAAGAUACAAUAGUUGAAAAUUGUUUCUCUACGCAAUUCAAUAGUUCAGUUAAUGUCAGCAAUAAAGGUACAAGACAAAAUGUAUGCCAAAAUUCGGAAGGUGGCGAGUGCAGUUGUUCUAAAUCAGGAAACAAAUCUCUCAACAAACAUCUCAGACACACGGAAACGACGUUCACUACUGGCACUAAUACUCCCUUUUUAUACAAUUUGGACAUUGGUAAGUCGUCAAUGCCGAGAUCUUCUCAAGUAACAAGCAUUGGAACGAAUUACAACACAAUGGCAUAUAAUGUGGGAACCAGUUCGGGAAACCACACAGACACUAGAGACACUAAACGUAAAAUGCAAGUUUAUAAUUGCUCAGAGACACAGGAGGAUAAAGACUGCAGAUGUAGUCCAAAAAAGUCAGCCCCUCUUUGUAAAACCAUUGAUUGCGACUGCUUAUCAGAGACACGGAAUAUACUUGCUAGGAAAACACAUAAGCCGUACUGUCCGUCUUACAAACACAAGCUUAACUGCCCCGUUACAAUGAUGCACGAGGAAGAGGAACAAAAGUUGGAAGAAGAAGAAGAACAAGCAGCGCCUCUGCCGUACGGCUUGCCUCCCAUCCAACUGGGGCCUUGUCCUAUCCUGGGCAGGCCAUGUACGGUACCAGACGGAUUUGCCAGGAUGUACAAGAACGCUCAGUUGCCGUCGCUACCGUUCAGUUACAGUGAUAAUGGCAAAGUGUGUUGUUCUAAGGAAUACGAAAGAAUAAAGAAGGCGAUUAAGGAAUAUAUGAAGGUUGAGAAAGGUAAUGACUUCCGUUGCAUUAACCAGUUUGACGUAGACACGGAGAGGCGCUGUUGUGACAAGGAACAAGUACUCCUGACUCUUAUGGGCAGGUCAUGCUGCGGUUCACAUAAGGCUGCAAUUCAGGAAAAGUAUCAAGAAGAAGAAAAGAAACAACCAUGAUCCCAUUGAUGUUUUAUUUUGUAACCUGAUUACACCUUUUUUACAGCUGA